UUAAAAGUAUUUUUUUGGGAAUAGAGUGAUCUGCCCAUGGAGAGUAUUCCGGGAAAAAAAUAUCUGCUAAUAUCGGUGAUUUUAGAAUUUCAGUUAUCCCCUUUUGCGCUCUCUAGUACAUGAAGGUAUAAAAACGCAUAGUUUCUAUCGAAGCUUGAAGAUGGCCGACAAAAUUGCGGGAAAUGUCAGUAGAAGAUUUAAAAACGGCCGAUAUAAACGCAAUAACACCACAGCAACUGUGACACAGGCAACAGAGGUGAAAGAGUCUACUGUUCAUCCAAGCAUUGAUCAUGAUUAUUCCCGCACUUUCACCGCGGAGGAUGGAUGGUCUGAUGACGAUUAUUCAGAUUUAGAUAACGAGGACGACUUCGACGAAAAUUUCUUAGAGCCACUACACAAUGAUGUACAAAGGAAUCUUCUUGAAUGGAAUGAGGGUAAGAGAGUGGUAGAGUUAGGAGUUUUGGCAUCUUAUCUGCAGAAAGGAUGCGAGAAAUGUGGUUUCAUACUACCGUUGUCAAACUGUGUACAAGAAAGGCACUACGGACUUGGGAGUCUCUUGUACAUACUUUGUAAAAACGGAGACUGUGGUCAUGUUACGAGCAUACCUACUGGGAAAAUGCACGGGAAAAGUAUAUGGGACAUCAACACAAAACUUGGUGCAGGUGUGACCAGCAGUGGGAUAAGUUUUUCAGCCCUACUUUUACUUCUGGCUGUAUUGAAUAUCCCUGGCCUUACUUCCACAACUUUGAAGAAAAGAGACAGAGAAUCUGGAAAAGCUAUAGAGACAAUAGCUUCAAAGACAUGCGCUGAAGCAUGCAGGGAAGAGGUUGAUAGGAAUGAUGGCGGUGGAGGCAUUAGGGUGUCAGCUGAUGCUGGUUGGCAGACAAGGUCAAGUGGCAGAAAAUAUAACAGUUUUUCAGGUCACAGUGUAUUGAUUGGAGAUAAAACAGGCAAAGUACUGCAGUAUGAUGUACGAUGCAGGAAAUGUCGAAUAUGUUAUAAUGCUGAGAAAAAGGGAACUACUCCUGCAGAGCAUGACUGUAGAAAAAAUUGGGAUGGAUCAGCAAAGUCAAUGGAACCGGACAUGAUUGUUGGCAUGAUCAAGGGCAUGAAAGACAACAACAUCAGUGUUAGUGAGUUAGUUAUGGAUGAAGAUAGUACCACCAUAGCAAGAGCAAAGAAAGUGUGUGGUGAAGAUCUGACAAAAUACAGUGACAGAAAUCAUAUAAAGAAAACAUUUACCAACAAACUCUAUGACCUACAAAGAGCAAAGAAAUAUUCACAACUAAGAGGAAAAACAAUUGCCCAUUUGAAAAAGUGUUUCUCAUAUGCCCUUGCACAACACCAGAAGAACCCAGAGGAAAUGAGGAAAUCUUUAGGAGCCAUUGUGCCACAUGUGUAUGGAGACCACUCAGAGUGCAGAACCUGGUGUAAACAUCGCAGGAAUCCUGACACCUAUGUUCCAAAAAACUUGCCCUAUAGUCGAUAUUUGACAUCUGAAGAACUAAGGGUAGAUUUGGAAAACAUCAUGUCAACGUAUGUUCAACAAGUUCAGAAAGUGUCAAAUUUAGGUUCCACACAAGCAUGUGAAAGUUUCAACAACUGUGUUGCUUACAAACAUCCAAAAACACUUUAUCUCUCAGGUUCUGAAAGUACUUGCUUCAGAGUUGCAGCAGCAGUGGCCCAGAAAAAUGUUGGGAAAAGUUAUGUGACAGAGGUCAAUAAAGAGCUGAGUCUUUCACCUGAUUCACAAACACAAAAAGUGGUAGAAAGAAUGGACAGAAAAAGAGCUCUAGAAAAGGAGAGAUAUACAAGUUCUGCAUAUAAGAAAAGAAAGUUUCAUCUAAAAAAGUCAUCCUCACAGGAUCAGGAAAGUAAAGAAGUGAGAGAAGGAACAACUUAUGCAACGUCAGUUGAAAUGGAUCAAGAAGAAAAGAGUCAAGACAUUGAAUCCAUUCCUCCUCCACUUCCCUUGCCAGCCAGAACAUCUCUACCCAAGGAUUAUUAUACCUGGAUUUUCUUUGAUUUGGAGACCACAGGUUUAGGUCUAACAAGUGAAAUCAUAGAAAUUGGUGCCACCAGGGGGAAUGACACUUUUCAGAGAUUCAUAAAACUGUUGGCAGCAUUUCAACAAAAGCUACCUUGGUGCAUGGCAUCCAUUUGA